AUGGAAGGAAAUCGCAUGCGAAAGAUCGAGGUGCAGAGCCCGGAAGAUAUCAGAUACCUCUUCGACAAUCUCUGCCGAGCAGCCAAGGAGAAAAUUGACCAGCAUCUACCCCCAGGAGCUGCCGACCGUGAUGAUGAGCUGCGGAAACGCGUCGAGGAGAUGCUCACGGAGUAUGUGCGCCGGACAUUCGAGCACGCUGUACGUAACAUCUCGGUGAACGGCAUGGACGCGGGCCCAAUAGAGACCUACAUUUCUAAAAAUGAGAUGGAAGAGCUUGAACCCUACGACCGAAAACUGCAUACUCGCUUCACCACACUUCAAGCCCAACUAGAUGAGGAGACGGAGAAGUUGGCGAAGCUGCGCCGAGAGGCGCCCUUCGAUGCCGCUAAAGCGUACGAGGAUGCGCUGAAGAGGGAGCUCGAGGGAGAUGAGAGGAUAAUACAAUCGCUGGCGAAUGAGGAUAUCACGGAUCCGGAAGCAGGAAGCCUUGGUAUCAGGCCGCUGGAAAGGAAAGAGGAUAUCGAGGAGGACUAUGCAAGAACUGCGGAGAUCCUGAAAGCGCUGCAGACGAGCCUGCCAGCUACAGCUCAUAAACUUACUCGUGCUAACGAUGCUCUUGACUAUGUCCAGUCAAAGCAGUAA